AGGUUCCCUUCCAGAAUGGCUCCUGGGGAGGCCCACAUGGCCCAUCCGCUCUGCCUCAUUGAGAACCGUCCGGACGGGAGGCUGGUGCUGCGAGAGGAGGCCGUGGCUAUCCUGCAGCGCAUCCGGCAGCCGGUGGUGGUGGUGGCCAUCGUGGGGCUCUACCGGACCGGGAAGUCCUACCUCAUGAACCGCCUGGCGGGCGANNUUCCAGGCUUCUCCCUGGGGUCCACGGUGCAGGCCAACACCAAGGGCAUCUGGAUGUGGUGCCGUCCCCAUCCCCAACGGAGCGACCGCACCCUGGUUCUGCUGGACACGGAGGGCCUGGGGGACGUGGGGAAGGGCAACACGCAGAACGACGCUUGGAUCUUUGCGCUGGCCAUCCUGCUGAGCAGCACCUUGGUCUACAACAGCAUGGGCACCAUUGACCAGAACGCCCUGGAUCAGCUCCACUACGUUUCUGAGCUGACCCAAAAGAUCAGAAUAACCUCUUCCAGGGACCAAAGCCAAGAGGACGAGGAUUCCUCAGAGUUCGUCCGCUACUUCCCGGCCUUCAUUUGGGCCGUGAGGGACUUCACGCUUGACCUGGAGAUCAACGGGCGCCCGGUCAGCGAGGACGGCUACCUGGAGAACGCCCUGAAGCUGCAGAAAGGUGACACAGAGCUGAUCAGGAGGUGCAACCUGCCCCGGUUGUGCAUCCGCAAGUUCUUUCCUUCCCGGAAGUGCUUCACGUUUGACCGCCCAACAGGCAGGAAGAACUUGCGGCGGCUGGAGGAGCUGGAGGAGGAAGAUCUGGAAGAGGAGUUCCUGAAACCCGUGGCCUGUUUCUGCGACCACGUCUGGGAGACCUCCACGUGCAAGACAGUCCCCGGGGGCCAAGCUGUGACAGGAGCCAUGCUGGCAAACCUGGCAAAGGCCUACGUGGGCGCCAUCAACAGCGGGGAGGUGCCCUGCCUGGAGAACGCGUUCCUGGCGCUGGCUGAGAUCGAGAACGCAGCCGCCGUGCGCGAAGCCCUCUCUCGUUACGAGGAGGAGAUGCAGAGGAGGGUGGCACUGCCCACAGGAUCCGUGGAGGAGCUGCUGCGGACGCACGCCGAGUGCGAGAGAGAGGCUGCCGGGGCGUUCAUGGCACGCGCCUUUGGGGCCAACAUUAAGAAGUUCCAGGAUGAACUCACGCAUGAGCUGAACCGGAAGAAGGAGGAAUUCCGCCAGAGGAACGAGGCCGUGUCCUUUGACCGCUGCAUGGCUGCCCUGGAGAACCUCUCGCAGGACCUGGAGAGCGGGGUCCGCGCGGGACGCUUCUCGGUCCCCGGAGGCUACAAGCAGUUCCUGGAGGAGCAGCGCCAAAUGGUGGAGAAAUACCGCUUGCUGCCUGACAAAGGGGUCCAGGCAGACAAGGCGCUUGAGGAGUUCCUGAAGUCCAAGGAGACAGAGGCCAAUUCUAUCUUGCUGGCGGACAUGGCCCUGAGCGAGAAGGAGAAGGAGGUGGAAGCCCAACGAGUGCAGGCCGAAGCCGCGCAAUGGCAGCAGGAGCUUCUGGAGCAGGAGCUGGCCCGGAAGAAGCAGCUGGCGGAGGAUCAGGAGCGCAGUUAUGAGGAGCAGAUCCGGCUGCUGAGGGAGAAGGUGGAGGAAGACAAGGAGCGGAUGAAGGAGGAGACCGAACGCAUCAUGCAGAUUAAGCUCCAGGAACAAAAGAAACUU